UUUAUUGAUUAUAUAUUGCCUUUGUUAUGAAAUAAUUGUUCUUUUUUUUUGUUAGAAAGUUUUGAGGACUCAUUUAGAAAGUGAUUGACACAACAAAAAAAAAAGUUGAAGUUGGUUGGUUGGCAGCUAAUUUGAUUUAAUGUUGUAACUAAAAUAAGUGAUGAUCCAAUGCAGUUGUCAAAGCAAACUUAAUUCAAUCGCAUUAACACAUUCAUAUCUGUCAAAUUCAUUAUUGUAAUUAAAAAGUAUAGUUAUAAUCCAACGUAGUUGUUUCUAUUAAUGUUUAUUUUUGAACAAAACAAGACAUAUUUUAAUCCUUAAUAAACAUUAUAACAAAUGAUGCUAAUGAUUAAUUGUGUAUAUGAUCGAUCUUUAAAACGUUUCUUCAAUUAGUUUGUCUAAAUUUAGUCCACAUGCUUUUUGAAAAGAAAUAAAUUCGGUCCUCACAAUGUUAGCUUAUUACGCAUUUUUCAAAUAAAUCAGUGUUAUUUGUGGCAUUUUUUAUUGUGAAUUUUGAAAAUAUAUCUAUUUUCUUUUUGAAAUUUAUUAUUAUUUUAAUCAAUUUUUGUUGAGAACAAAAUUUAAAAAGUACAAUUGAAAGUACAAAGAUAAAAAUUAAACAAUUAUAAAAAUUAAACAAUUAAAGACAUAAAACUAAAAACUUAACAAUUUUCAAGGUAUGACAACCAAAACAACGAUUUAACCUAAUUUAAGUUACAAUUCUAAUCUCAAUAUAUAAUAUACUUUCCUAUAACGUGGACCAUAAUUAGCUAAUCACAUAGUUCCGUUUAAAUGAUGUGUUAAUAACAAGACUUAGUUGUGACAGAUGAGAAUGAGUUCGAUAUUGCCGUUACUUUUACCCUUAGAGACUCGAGGUUCAAUAUCUCAUUCUUCAAAUCCAUACCCUCUAGGAAAAUGUUUAGUUGAAUUAAAUUUCAAAUAAUUAUUCAUAACUUUAUUGGUAAUAUAUUUAUAAACUUAAAGCUAAUUAACUUAGCACUAACAACUAGGUUUAGAAGCUAUUGUUAGUUAAUAUAAUUUACGAAAAAUCUAUUUUUAUUUAUUUGUUUACUUAUUUUUGUAUACUUGAGGAAAUUUACAUAUUUUGUAUUACAUAACACAUACUUUAAUCUAACAAAAAAAAAAUUGAAUUACAAUAUUUAUUAGAAAAAAAAUUUUAUCUUUUAAUUUGAAAACUUUUUAGAAUUUAUAUUAUUUAUAAGUUAAUUUAAAUAUAACAAUCACUCACCCGUAUAUAUUUGUCAUAUACGUAACAAAAUCGAAAGGUCAAUUUAUAUUCCAGUUCUUGUUCUUCUACAAUUUUUUUUUUAUAUUUUUUUUGAAAUAUUGGUCAUUGUUCUACACUUAUUAUUAUUCUUUCUUUUAUAGCUUUGUUGGUGUCAUAUAUUUCCUCUUCAUAUCUAAAUCAUUCUGUACCAAAAAAAAUAGUUUAGAUCUUGGUACAUGCUUGUCAGUAUAAAAUCUAAAUGAUAGUGGUACAACAAAAAUCGUUUAGAUUUGGUUCUAGUGCUUGGUAGAGGAUCUUGAUUUGUUAGAUAAUAUUUUCACUCUUUGUUAUAUUUUAUUUGUUUGGUUAGUUAUAUUGUUUUAAAAAAAAUGGGAAAAGAAUAUUUGUAAACAAAAUUUAAGAUUACACCAAAUGUAAAACCUAAAACAGAAUGUAGAUAAUGUAAUCAAACUCAUCUCCAGCUAAAUUUUUGGGAAGAUCCAACAAAAGAUGAUGAUGAUGAUGAUGAUUAUAAAUGUUUGGGCAAAGAGAUAUUUAUUUGGGUUCCAAACGGGAAACACGACCAAUGAAUUACAGCGGAGAAGGGGAAGGUGAGAAAGAUAAGGCUGAUUAGUCGAUCAAUAAACAUUUGUCAAAUCUUUCAUCAACGACAAAUCAAUUAAUGAUCAACCUCACGAUUUCCAAAUCCAACCCUCCAAAUUUCUCUCACCCAUCACCGCCAUUGCUCAUCUUUCUCUUCCUUUCCCUCAAUCUAUCGCUUCACCAAUUGAAAGUUUUCGUUUUUUGAGAAAGAACGAUCAACCAAUUACCAUCCAUGGCGGGAUCUCAUCUGGGUCUAAUCUUUUUCACCUUCUUCGUCUUCUUGACCUCAAUUCCUCCGCUUUCUGCAGCAGGGUCCGAUGCCCCCACUGUCUAUGAUGUUCUCCCUAAAUAUGGCCUUCCCAGUGGCCUUUUACCUGACUCCGUCCUCGACUACACUCUCUCCUCCGAUGGUCAAUUUGUCGUUCAUUUGGCCAAACCUUGUUACAUCCAUUUUGAUUACUUGGUUUAUUACCAUAAAACCAUUACUGGGAAGCUCGAAUAUGGCUCCAUCACUGAUCUCGACGGCAUCGAGGUUCAGAAAUUGUUUCUCUGGUUCGAUGUGAAGGAAAUCAGAGUCGAUUUGCCGCCUUCUGAUAAUAUCUACUUCCAAGUUGGAUUUAUCAACAAGAAGCUCGACAUCGACCAAUUUAAGACUAUCCACUCAUGCCAGGAUAAUGCUUUGGCCUCUUCUCUUGGCUCCUGGAAACGGAUUCUUGAGCUCCCGCCACCGAUAGAUGACAUCCAGAUGCUAAUCACCGAGUAGCUCGUCUUCACAUGUCCAAGUUCUUGAAGUUUUUCUUGCUGCAUUAUCGAAAUGAGCAGAAGAAGAAAUUUAGAAGUUUUUAGGUAUAUGGUCUCAGAUUAGACAUCAAAAUGUCAAAUGUCUAUCUUGGAAGACCUGUGAUAUGAGUGUUGUUAAUAUUUCAUGUGUCUUUCCGUUUGAUCCUCAAAAAGAAAUGCCUAAAACACUGGCAUUUGAGGUUUCUUAUAAACUCAAUGCAUAUGAAUGAAAUGGUAUAUUAAAUAGUA